GCCAUUAUCAAUUUAUCGAAGAGAGAAGGAGAUAGACCAAAGACAGAGCUGACGUUCUAAACAAAACAAACCAGAUACAAAAGCUAGGCAGCCAUCCUCUGUCACAUUUUGCAUUUUCGAGGCUCAACCCUUUGGCACUCUCUUCGCAGGUUCAAGAUAAGAGAUGAGUACAUUAGAUGCGACUAGAGCCGAACUUGCCCUUGCAGUUCUUUAUCUGAACAAGGCUGAGGCCAGGGACAAGAUAUGCAGGGCGAUACAAUAUGGUUCAAAGUUUUUGAGUAAUGGACAACCCGGAACAGCCCAAAAUGUUGACAAAACGACUAGCUUGGCUCGAAAAGUUUUCCGUCUCUUCAAGUUUGUGAAUGAUCUUCAUGGUUUGAUUAGUCCCACUGCCCCCGGGACUCCUCUUCCGCUGGUUCUGCUUGGGAAGUCCAAAAAUGCAUUGCUGUCAACUUUUCUGUUUCUUGACCAAAUUGUCUGGCUUGGCAGAACAGGCAUUUAUAAGAACAAAGAACGUGCUGAGCUAAUUGGCCGUAUAUCUCUAUACUGUUGGAUGGGUUCCUCAGUUUGCACCACUUUGGUUGAGGUUGGGGAGCUAGGAAGGCUUUCUGGACAAAUUAAAAAGUUGGACAAAGAUCUGAAGAGCGGCGACAAGUACCAAAAUGAGGCAUACCGUGCUAAACUCAAAAAAUCGAAUGAAAGGUCACUAGCCCUGGUUAAAGCAGCCAUGGAUACAGUGGUUGCGAUUGGGUUGCUCCAGUUGGCACCUAAGAAAAUUACACCUCGUGUUACUGGAGCUUUAGGAUUUACAACUUCUUUGAUCUCAUGUUAUCAGUUACUUCCAGCUCCCGUGAAAGCUAAAACAUCUUAAAGAGCAGGUUCCCCAGUGAGAUACGUUCUAAUAAUUGGCAGACUUUGUGAUAUUGAUAUUUAUUAGUGAACAAGUUUGAACAAUAUGCAAACUAGGACGUGAAAUUACAGCUUCACUUUUAUUUAUCACCGUCCAUAUUAUGCUCUCUUCACUAGAAAUAAUGUGUUUCCGUUUUCAUAUAUGACAAAGCGUUGAAAGCAAUCAUUUGUUGA